AUGGAUAUUAUUGGUACAUCCGAUCCAUAUGUUAUUCUCGAAUUAUUUCCAUCGACACUUAAUCCGAAAAAACCAAAGAAGGAUAGUCUUCCUCCAGCUAUUUUAAAUACACCGGGUGCUGUUUUACAUCUUAGUGUUUGGGAUAAGGAUAUGUUAAAAGACGAAUUUAUUGGGGAAUGUUUCAUACCAUUAAUGAGUAUAGAAUCAUUAAAAAAUCGUGCAUCAAUACGUGAUAUUCCUGUAUCAGAAGUACGUUUGAGAAAGCAAAAUAAACAUGCUCAACCAAAAAUAUAUCAAUUAAUUCAAAGUCGUGCAAAAGUUGACCGAGAAGCCGCUGAAUUUGUUCAAAAACGUAGUUGUACAAUGAAAUCAGGAGACGACAAUGAUGGUCAAGGUACACUAUCGUAA